UGGAGUGAAAUCAGACCCAGUGCUGUCUCAGAAAGUGCCACAGCAAAAAGGCGGCCUGUUUCUAAAACUCGGAGAUCUAAAUCAGCUUUUUAAACACUUUGUAGUUCAGAAAGACAGAAAUCAGAAAGUCGGUGAUCUUUAAUUUUGUUCUGGAUUACAGCGAAGCUAAAAUCAGCGUCUUCUUCGCCAGCUUCUUGUUCGAAUUUUCCCGGUCCACCUUAAAUGGAGCCCCAGUCAUUAUAACACCUCAGGCUCCGGAACGCAACCCCUGCACCAUUUAAGGUGGAGCGGGCAAAUUCGAACAAGAAGCCGGCGAAUAGGAAGCCAACUUGUGCAUUAAAGCGAGCUGAUCAGGACCAUGUGGUAGAAUAUCAACAACUGGGGGGUUGUUUAUUGGUUAUUGAUCAGAUAUUACAAAUAAAUGUCUGAUCAAUGCGGUCAGGCUGCUCGGACUGUGUGAUGAGGAUGUACUCGGAGCAUGGCAGUGUGUAUGUGAGGGAGGAAGGUGAGCUGCACUGUGUAAGCGCUGAUGGUCAGCUGCUCUCCACACAUAAAGCACCCAGGCUAUUUCAGAAGGACUUUACUGUGAGACUCUGCAUUGAGAGUUCAGCCCCCAUCAGCAGGCAGAGGAGUGACCACUUCAUCUUCACCUACAACAGAGAGGGCAGCCUGUGCUACACGGUCAAACCCCUACUGGACAUCUCUCUGCUCUUCAUAGCUGAUAAUAUUGAACAUGUGGACUCCCUGGUUGGUUUUCCUGAACAAAUGGCUCAUAAGCUGUUUGUGGCUGCAGAGGAGAAGCAGAAGUUCACAGACCCUCCAACCUCAGCCAGGGCACUGCAGGUGUUCAGUGAGGCCUACGGAGAGCUGGUGUUAAAGUCACUGUGUCUGAGAGACAGGAAACUUCUGGUAUCUGAAAGGAUGGAAGAGAUCCGGGUGUUUCAUCAGUUGGAGGUCCUGGAUCUGUACGGGUGCGGAUUAGGAGACAAUCACGACAUUUUCAGACACCUCAGCUCAGAGGCUUUCACCAGGCUGGUCAGACUGUUUUUGGGAGAUAACUGUCUGACGGAUCAAGGCCUCCAGAGACUGACCGCACCAAUCAGAGUGAUGAAAAAGGGGCUGGAGAACCUCCAACAACUGGACCUGUCCAAUAACCCCCUCUCAGAGAAAGGACUCUGGUAUCUCACCUGCUUUAAGAAGCUGGAGGAGCUGGACGUCUCCGGGGCGAGUGUGAAGUUAGACGCAUCGCUGAAGAGCUUCUUCAGGGUGAAGAUGAGGAUGGAGCUCUCAGCAGAACCGCUGAAGAUCUUCACUCACUCGGAGUGUCAAACUGAGGGAUGGGCUGAAGAGGUAAUAAACCAGUGGGAAAGGAAAGCUUCAGAGUUACCAAACAAGGAGCCUAAACCAAGAACCAACGCUCUGCAGUUCUACGGAAGGGAAAAGUUUGUCCGAGAGAGGAUUCACUCCACCUGUAACGAUCGCAGAACCAAAGGACAGAUGACCAUAAUCCACUUCUACAAGCCUCACAGCACAACACAACAAACAGGACACAGUAAGGACACCAGUGCAGCCCUGACCACCCUGAUGGGCAGAAAGAGGAGACUUUCCAGCGAAAAGGAAGAACACGCUGAGAGAAGCCCACCUGCCAAACGCCCACCUGAGAGCACCUUCUCCGCUGAAGACUUAAACCUCCUGAACAGUUACUGACAGACGCUUCACAGCCAGAGACGCUUUAUAACACCGGUCACCAUCACUGGACCUGGAGAUCUGCACUCUUAAUAAUGAUGGCUCUUCAAGGGUUCUUUAGUAAAGAGAAUGGGUGUUCAUGGUUCUAUAUAGAACCAAAGAACCGUUUGCAUGAUCAAAUGGUUCUUUGCAUCAUGAAAUGUUCUUCAGAUUGAUGGAGAAUGUGCUGUAGAUGGUUCUAUGUAGAACAUGGUUCUGCAUAGGACCCAAAAGAGUUCUUUCAUUGUUAAUAAUAGAAGAACACUUUUUGGUGCAACAUAGAAUAUUUGCGUGAUUAAAGGGUUCUGCGCAUCGUUAAAUGGUUCUUCAAAUUGAUGGAG